AUGAGCUGGCGACUAGAUGACUUCAGGAAAUAUUCUAUCCGUUAUCACGAUGAAAUCCUUUACUGGUUUCAGGAUCUCUGCGAGUGCCAUCACAAUCCACCGUGUUCCCCACCUGUCGACUACAUAAUGCUGCCUGGUUAUCAUCGAGCCGACGAAUUUCUCGUGGUAAACUGGCCAAAGGAAUGCGCGGAAUUGUGGCAGCUUGUCUGGUCGCACAACUGCCAAACUAUGGUUCUACUGGGUAAAUGCUGCUGUUGA